CUUUUUUCCCUUUUUCUUUUCACUUUUCCUCUCCUUUUUGUUAUUUUUCCGUUCCCCCAUUUUUUUUUUUUUAUAUACUUGUGUAUUACCUCCCGCAAAACUCACACUAUAUUAGUCUUUUGUGUGUCUGUGUGUCUGUGUGUGUGUUGUCUUACGAGAGAGGAGAAAAAUGGAAUAUUCAGAUCUCUUUCUUAUGCAGCGCCUCGCAUCGAUUAGCCGCCAGAAAAUCUAUCCUCCUACUCAAUCCAAAGUAGAAAUGCCCUUAUGGAAAACAUUACAUAUCACAAAACUCUGGAAUAAUGCUCGAGAACAAGAAAUAUAUUUAACACAACAACAACAACAGAAAGGAGAAUGGUGGUUUCAUCAACAAGACGCUUAUCUUUCUCACCAAUUACUAGACGGUUACUUACCAUCUUGGUUCGAAGACUCAACAACUACAACAACAACAACAUCAACAACAACGAACACUUCACUUCUUACUCAUUCAACAAAUAUGGACCAAAGCAACAAAACCACUAGUAGUUUGGAUUUGAUAGAGGAUGACGAAGACGAAGAUGAAGAAGAAGAACAGGAUACAACAACAACAACUGAAUCUGAACGUACUUCUUCAUUAUUAUCUCAUACUCCUGUGGAAGCUUUAUGGACUCAAGACGACUUGGUAUCUUUAUUAACUGUGACUCAAGAUAGAAAACGAAAACAUGAAGAUGAUCCAUCAGAUUCUACACCUGCUACUCGUACUCCUCCUCCUUCUUCUCCUCCUCCUCCUAUGGUGAAAGUAUAGAUAUUUUUAUAUAUACACAUCAUCAUCUCUGAUCUAUUAUACAUCUCACAACACGUAUUAUAGUUUUAUACCCUUCCUUUAUCGACUCUCUUUGAUUACCCAUCUUUUCCUUUUUGCAUUCGAAAUCCUCUUUUCACAUUUUUACAUACUAGUUAGCUUCUUCAAUUUUUAUAUAUACAUAUUAACUUCUUAUCUUUCCUUUAUUUUCCCUAAAAAAAUAACAACAACAAUCUUUAGUACAUACUUUUUUCCCCCCUUCAUCUUUUGUACAUUAAAAAAAAAUAAAAAAACCCUUUCAUUUGAUUCUU